GUAAUUGUCUGUACCUGGAGUAGCAAGAAGUAACACCAGUCAUCAUGAAAAUAAGAAUCUCUUGGUGGAUAUUUUUCCUUGGAUAUUUACAUACAUUAUCUGGACAAGCCACCACAACUCCAGCUCCUACAGCCACAACUGCAGAUCCAACCACAACAACUGUAUUCACCACUCCAGAUCCAACCACCACAAUUGCAGAUGUAACCACCGCAACUGAAUUCACCACUCCAGAUCCAACCACCACAAUUGGAGAUGUAACCACUACAACUGAAUUCACAACUCCAGAUCCAACCACCACAAAUGCAGAUGUAACCAUCGCAACUGAAUUCACCACUCCAGAUCCAACGACCACAAUCGCAGAUGUAACCACCACAACUGCAGCCACAACUCCAGCUCCAACCACCACAAUAGCAGAUCCAACCACCACAACUGCAGCCACAACUCAAGCUCCAACCACUACAAUUGCAGAUGUAACCACCACAACUGCAGCCACAACUCCAGCUCCAACCACCACAAUAGCAGAUCCAACCACCACAACUGAAGCCACAACUCCAGCUCCAACCACCACAAUAGCAGAUCCAACCACCACAACUGCAGCCACAACUCCAGCUCCAACCACCACAAUAGCAGAUCCAACCACCACAACUGCAGCCACAACUCCAGCUCCAACCACCACAAUUGCAGAUCCAACCACCACAACUGAAGCCACCACUCCAGAUCCAACCACCACAAUUGCAGAUGUAACCACCACAACUGCAGCCACAACUCCAGCUCCAACCACCACAAUUGCAGAUCCAACCACCACAACUGAAGCCACCACUCCAGACCCAACCACGACAACUACAUUCACCACUCCAGCUCCAACCACCACAACUGCAGCUCCAACCACAACAACUGCAGCCACAACUGAAGGUCCAACCACCACAAUUGAAGGUCCAACCACCACAACUGCAUUCACCACUCCAGAUCCAACCACCACAAAUGCAGAUGUAACCACCGCAACUGAAUUCACCACUCCAGAUCCAACCACCACAAUUGCAGAUGUAACCACCACAACUGAAGCCACAACUCCAGCUCCAACCACCACAAUAGCAGAUCCAACCACCACAACUGCAGAUGUAACCACCACAACUGCAGCCACAACUCCAGCUCCAACCACAACAAUUGCAGAUCCAACCACCACAACUGAAGCCACCACUCCAGAUCCAACCACCACAAUUGCAGAUGUAACCACCACAACUGCAGCCACAACUCCAGACCCAACCACAACAACUACAUUCACCACUCCAGCUCCAACCACCACAACUGCAGCUCCAACCACAACAACUGCAGCCACAACUGAAGGUCCAACCACCACAAUUGAAGGUCCAACCACCACAACUGCAUUCACCACUCCAGAUCCAACCACCACAAAUGCAGAUGUAACCACCGCAACUGAAUUCACCACUCCAGAUCCAACCACCACAAUUGCAGAUGUAACCACCACAACUGCAGCCACAACUCCAGCUCCAACCACCACAAUAGCAGAUCCAACCACCACAACUGCAGCCACAACUCAAGCUCCAACCACCACAAUUGCAGAUGUAACCACCACAACUGCUGCAACAAAUCCAGCUCAAACCACCACAAUAGCAGAUCCAACCACCACAACUGCAGCCACAACUCCAGCUCCAACCACCACAAUUGCAGAUCCAACCACCACAACUGCAUUCACCACUCCAGAUCCAACCACCACAAAUGCAGAUGUAACCACCGCAACUGAAUUCACCACUCCAGAUCCAACCACCACAAUUGCAGUUGUAACCACCACAACUGAAGCCACAACUCCAGCUCCAACCACCACAAUAGCAGAUCCAACUACAACAACUGCAGCCACAACUCCAGCUCCAACCACCACAAUUGCAGAUCCAACCACCACAACUGCAGAUCCAACCACCACAACUACAGCCACCACUCCAGAUCCAACCACCACAAUAGCAGAUCCAACCACCACAACUGCAGCCACCACUCCAGAUCCACCCACCACAACUGCAGAUGUAACCACCACAAUUGCAGAUGUAACCACCACAACUGAAGCCACAACUCAAGCUCCAACCACCACAAUUAUAGAUCCAACCACCACAACUGCAGACACAACUCCAGCUCCAACCACCACAACUGCAGCUCCAACCACAACAACUGCAGCCACAACUCCAGCUCCAACCACCACAACUGAAGGUCCAACCACCACAACUGCAUUCACCACUCCAGAUCCAACGACCACAAUUGCAGAUGUAACCACCACAACUGCAGCCACAACUCCAGAUCCAACCACCACAACUGCAGAUGUAACCACCACAACUGCAGCCACAACUCCAGCUCCAACCACCACAAUAGCAGAUCCAACCACCACAACUGCAGCCACCACUCCAGAUCCAACCACCACAAUAGCAGAUCCAACCACCACAACUGAAGCCACCACUCCAGAUCCAACCACCACAAUUGCAGAUGUAACCACCACAACUGCAGCCACCACUCCAGAUCCAACCACCACAACUACAUUCACCACUCCUGCUCCAACCACCACAACUGAAGGUCCAACCACCACAACCGCAUUCACCACUCCAGAUCCAACCACCACAAUUGCAGAUGUAACCACCACAACUCCAGCUCCAACCACCACAACUGCAGAUGUAACCACCACAACUGCAGCCACAACUCCAGCUCCAACCACCACAAUAGCAGAUCCAACCACCACAACUACAGCCACCACUCCAGAUCCAACCACCACAAUAGCAGAUCCAACCACCACAACUGCAGCCACCACUCCAGAUCCAACCACCACAAUUGCAGAUGUAACCACCACAACUGCAGCCACAACUCCAGCUCCAACCACCACAACUACAUUCACCACUCCUGCUCCAACCACCACAACUGAAGGUCCAACCACCACAACCGCAUUCACCACUCCAGCUCCAACCACCACAAUUGCAGAUGUAACCACCACAACUGCAGCCACAACUCCAGCUCCAACCACCACAAUUGCAGAUCCAACCACCACAACUGAAGCCACCACUCCACAUCCAACCACCAUAAUUGCAGAUGUAACCACCACAACUGCAGCCACAACUCCAGACCCAACCACCACAACUGCAGCCACCACUCCAGAUCCAACCACCACAACUGAAGAUGUAACCACCACAACUGCAGCCACGACUCCAGCUCCAACCACCACAAUAGCAGAUCCAACCACCACAACUGCAGCCACCAUUCCAGAUCCAACCACCACAAUAGCAGAUCCAACCACCACAACUGCAGCCACCACUCCAGCUCCAACCACCACAAUUGCAGAUGUAACCACCACAACUGCAGCCACAACUCCAGCUUCAACCACCACAACUACAUUCACCACUCCUGCUCCAACCACCACAACUGAAGGUCCAACCACCACAACUGCAUUCACCACUCCAGCUCCAACCACCACAAUUGCAGAUGUAACCACCACAACUGCAGCCACAACUCCAGCUUCAACCACCACAACUACAUUCACCACUCCUGCUCCAACCACCACAACUGAAGGUCCAACCACCACAACUGCAUUCACCACUCCAGAUCCAACGACCACAAUUGCAGAUGUAACCACCACAACUACAGCCACAACUCCAGCUCCAACCACCACAACUGCAGCUCCAACCACAACAACUGAAGGUCUAACGACCACAACUGCAUUCACCACUCCAGAUCCAACCACCACAAUUGCAGAUGUAACCACCACAACUGCAUUCACCACUCCAGAUCCAACGACCACAAUUGCAGAUGUAACCACCACAACUGCAGCCACAACUACAGAUCCAACCACCACAACUACAGAUGUAACCACCACAACUGCAGCCACAACUCCAGCUCCAACCACCACAAUAGCAGAUCCAACCACCACAACUGCAGCCACCACUCCAGAUCCAACCACCACAAUAGCAGAUCCAACCACCACAACUGAAGCCACCACUCCAGAUCCAACCACCACAAUUGCAGAUGUAACCACCACAACUGCAGCCACCACUCCAGAUCCAACCACCACAACUACAUUCACCACUCCUGCUCCAACCACCACAACUGAAGGUCCAACCACCACAACCGCAUUCACCACUCCAGAUCCAACCACCACAAUUGCAGAUGUAACCACCACAACUGCAGCCACAACUCCAGCUCCAAACACCACAACUGCAGAUGUAACCACCACAACUGCAGCCACAACUCCAGCUCCAACCACCACAAUAGCAGAUCCAACCACCACAACUACAGCCACCACUCCAGAUCCAACCACCACAAUAGCAGAUCCAACCACCACAACUGCAGCCACCACUCCAGAUCCAACCACCACAAUUGCAGAUGUAACCACCACAACUGCAGCCACAACUCCAGCUCCAACCACCACAACUACAUUCACCACUCCUGCUCCAACCACCACAACUGAAGGUCCAACCACCACAACCGCAUUCACCACUCCAGCUCCAACCACCACAAUUGCAGAUGUAACCACCACAACUGCAGCCACAACUCCAGCUUCAACCACCACAACUACAUUCACCACUCCUGCUCCAACCACCACAACUGAAGGUCCAACCACCACAACUGCAUUCACCACUCCAGAUCCAACGACCACAAUUGCAGAUGUAACCACCACAACUACAGCCACAACUCCAGCUCCAACCACCACAACUGCAGCUCCAACCACAACAACUGAAGGUCUAACGACCACAACUGCAUUCACCACUCCAGAUCCAACCACCACAAUUGCAGAUGUAACCACCACAACUGCAUUCACCACUCCAGAUCCAACGACCACAAUUGCAGAUGUAACCACCACAACUGCAGCCACAACUCCAGCUCCAACCACCACAACUACAUUCACCACUCCAGCUCCAACCACCACAACUGAAGGUCCAACCACCACAAACGCAUUCACUACUCCAGAUCCAACCACCACAAUUGCAGAUGUAACCACCACAACUGCAGCCACAACUGCAGCUCCAACCACAACAACUGAAGGUCCAACCACCACAACUGCAUUCACAACUCCAGCUCCAACCACCACAACUGCAGAUGUAACCACCACAACUGCAGCCACAACUCCAGCUCCAACCACCACAAUAGCAGAUCCAACCACCACAACUGCAGCCACCACUCCAGAUCCAACCACCACAAUUGCAGAUGUAACCACCACAACUGCAGCCACAACUCCAGCUCCAACCACAACAACUGAAGGUUCAACCACCACAACUGCAUUCACAACUCCAGCUCCAACCACCACAAUAGCAGAUCCAACCACCACAACUGCAGCCACCACUCCAGCUCCAACCACCAGAAUUGCAGAUGUAACCACCACAACUGCAGCCACAACUCCAGCUUCAACCACCACAACUACAUUCACCACUCCUGCUCCAACCACCACAACUGAAGGUCCAACCACCACAACUGCAUUCACCACUCCAGCUCCAACCACCACAAUUGCAGAUGUAACCACCACAACUGCAGCCACAACUCCAGCUUCAACCACCACAACUACAUUCACCACUCCUGCUCCAACCACCACAACUGAAGGUCCAACCACCACAACUGCAUUCACCACUCCAGAUCCAACAACCACAAUUGCAGAUGUAACCACCACAACUACAGCCACAACUCCAGCUCCAACCACCACAACUGCAGCUCCAACCACAACAACUGAAGGUCUAACGACCACAACUGCAUUCACCACUCCAGAUCCAACCACCACAAUUGCAGAUGUAACCACCACAACUGCAUUCACCACUCCAGAUCCAACGACCACAAUUGCAGAUGUAACCACCACAACUGCAGCCACAACUCCAGCUCCAACCACCACAACUACAUUCACCACUCCAGCUCCAACCACCACAACUGAAGGUCCAACCACCACAAACGCAUUCACCACUCCAGAUCCAACCACCACAAUUGCAGAUGUAACCACCACAACUGCAGCCACAACUGCAGCUCCAACCACAACAACUGAAGGUCCAACCACCACAACUGCAUUCACAACUCCAGCUCCAACCACCACAACUGCAGAUGUAACCACCACAACUGCAGCCACAACUCCAGCUCCAACCACCACAAUAGCAGAUCCAACCACCACAACUGCAGCCACCACUCCAGAUCCAACCACCACAAUUGCAGAUGUAACCACCACAACUGCAGCCACAACUCCAGCUUCAACCACAACAACUACAUUCACCACUCCAGCUCCAACCACCACAACUGAAGGUCCAACCACCACAACUGCAUUCACCACUCCAGCUCCAAUGACCACAAUUGCAGAUUUAACCCCCACAACUGCAGCCACAACUCCAGCUCCAACCACCACAACGGCAGCUCCAACCACAACAACUGAGAGUCCAACCACCACAACUGCAUUCACUACUCCAGAUCCAACCACCACAAUUGCAGAUGUAACCACCACAACUGCAUUCACCACUCCAGAUCCAACCACCACAAUUGCAGAUGUAACCACCACAACUGCAGCCACAACUCCAGCUCCAACCACCACAACUCCAGCUCCAACCACCACAACUGAAGGUCCAACCACCACAACUGCAUUCACCACUCCAGAUCCAACCACCACAAUUGCAGAUGUAACCACCACAACUGCAGCCACGACUCCAGCUCCAACCACCACAAUAGCAGAUCCAACCACCACAACUGCAGCCACAACUCCAGCUCCAACCACCACAAUUGCAGAUCCAACUACAACAACUGCAGCCACAACUCCAGCUCCAACCACCACAAUUGCAGAUCCAACCACCACAUCCGAAGCCACCACUCCAGAUUCAACCAACACAAUUUCAGAUCCAACCACCACAACUGAAGCCACCACUCCAGAUCCAACCACCACAACUGCAGCCACAACUCCAGCUCCAACCACCACAACUACAUUCACCACUCCAGCUCCCACUACAACUCCACCUGUAACAACAACAACUCCACCUACCACAACAACUCUCCCUACAACAACUCCCCCUACCACAACAACUGCAGAUGUAACCACCACAACUGCAGCCACAACUCCAGCUCCAACCAACACAAUAGCAGAUCCAACCACCACAACUGCAGCCACCACUCCAGAUCCAACCACCACAAUUGCAGAUGUAACCACCACAACUGCAGCCACAAUUCCAGCUCCAACCACCACAACUGCAGCUCCAACCACAACAGCUGAAGGUCCAACCACCACAACUGCAUUCACAACUCCAGCUCCAACCACCACAACUGCAGAUGUAACCACCACAACUGCAGCCACAACUACAGCUUCAACCACCACAACUGCAGCUCCAACCACAACAACUGAAGGUCCAACCACCACAACUGCAUUCACAACUCCAGCUCCAACCACCACAACUGCAGAUGUAACCACCACAACUGCAGCCACAACUCCAGCUCCAACUACCACAAUAGCAGAUCCAACCACCACAACUGCAGCCACCACUCCAGAUCCAACCAACACAAUUGCAGAUGUAACCACCACAACUGCAGCCACAACUCCAGCUUCAACCACCACAACUACAUUCACCACUCCUGCUCCAACCACCACAACUGAAGGUCCAACCACCACAACUGCAUUCACCACUCCAGAUCCAACCACCACAAUUGCAGAUGUAACCCCCACAACUGCAGCCACAACUCCAGCUCCAACCACCACAACUGCAGCUCCAACCACAACAACUGAAGGUCCAACCACCACAACUGCAUUCACAACUCCAGCUCCAACCACCACAAUUGCAGAUGUAACCACCACAACUGCAGCCACAACCAACAACUCCAACUACCACAAGUCCUCCACCUACCACAACAACUCUCCCUACAACAUCUCCACCUAUCACAACAACAACUCCACCUACCACAACAACUCCCCCUACAACAUCUCCACCUACCACCACAAUUCCCUCUACAACCACUCCACCUACCACCACAACUCCCUCUAUAACAUCUCCACCUACAACAACAACAACUCCAACUACCACAACAACUCCCACAACGCCACCUACCACAACAACUCCACCAACCACAACUCCCUCUACAACAACCUCUCCACCUACAACAACAACUCCAACUACCACAAGUCCUCCACCUAUCACAACAACAACUCCACCUACCACAACAACUCUCCCUGCAACAUCUCCACUUAUUACAACGCCACCACUGCAGUUCCAACCACCACAACUGCAGCGACCACAACUCCAGCCCCUACCACCACAACUGAAGCCACCACUGCAGCUCCAACAACCACCACUGCAGCUCCAACAACCACCACUGCAGCAACCACAACUCCAGCUCCUACGACCACAAUUACAGCCACCACUCCAGCUCCAACCACUGCAACUCCAGCCCAAACCAUACAAACAGGCUUGGAAUUACUGACAUUUCUACAGAUGAAGAUAGCUUCCUAUGGAGAGGUCAGCAAUGGAACCACCACUAAACUUAUUGAACAGUUCUUUCGAGAAUUACUUCCGAAUGGAACAGCCUUCAAUGUCACUGUGAGAAACAUUAGAGCCGAAACUCCCACAACUCCAGUUCCAACCACCAAAGCCCACAUGACUCGCUGA